CCGGCCAAGUGGGCUGGGCCUUUCUGAGUUUCAUUUUCCUUUUCUCGGAGUCCCUGAAGCCUGGAGGUUGCUGAAGAAUUUUCUUUCUAUCUUGUAUCUGCUUAGCUGUCAGGACAGAGCAGUUAUACUCGGCUUCAGUACCUGUACAAAUUCUACAAACAGAUUGAGAAGUAUGGCAGUGACAACUUGUUUGACAAAGAUGCAAGAAAAGAAGCUGCAAAGUUGUUUUGGAGGAAAACGGUUUACCCUUCUCUAUAAAGCAAGUGUCCAUGAUUUCUCUGGAUAUAAUGUGUACAAGAGAUGCAAUAACCAAGGGCCUACUGUGAUGGUGAUUUAUAGUGGACAUGAUAUUUUUGGGGCAUAUAUAAAAGACAGUUACCAGGAAUAUGGUGACAGAGUUCCCAUUGUCCUAUUUGCUUUUCAAAAGAAUGAAAUUUCAGAAUGCAAAAUAGGUGCAUAUUCACCGUCUACAUUUCUCUGUCUGUACAAGGAAGAUAAUUGUUCAGAAUUCCUCUUAAAUCUGGAUGGAAAAAAAGUGACUAUGAAAUUAGAUACAAUUGAGAAACUUCAACUGAAAGUUCAAGUUUCAAAUGAGAGACAUCAAAAGCAUCAAAAAGAUCAAAUUAUUUCCGUUAAGGAAUGUGAAGUUUUUCGAUGUGAAGACUUACUGGACAAAAGAAACAUGGAAGAGAUUACUCAGCUCCACAAGAGCUUAUUGUUUGACAUAAAAUCCUAUAGACCAUAUAGAGACCUGGUUCGCCAAAUACGGAUUCUGCUCCUGGGUCCAACUGGAGCUGGGAAGUCUAGCUUUUUCAACUCAGUUAAAUCUGUUUUCCGAGGCUACGUAACACACCAGGCUCUGGUGGGCUCUGAUGCAGCCGGGGUGUCUGACAAGUACAGGGUAUAUUCCAUUAAGGAUGCGGGGUAUAACAACUCCCUGCCAUUUAUUCUGUGUGACUCAAUGGGCCUGGGUGAGGAGGACAAAGGGCCGUGCAUGGAUGACAUAGUCUACAUCUUAAAAGGCCACAUUUCUGACAGAUACCAGUUUAAUUCCAUGAAACCAAUCACACCAGGUCAUAGUAACUAUAUUGAAAACCCAUUGCUGAAGGACAGAAUUCAUUGUGCGGUAUUUGUGUUCAAUAUCAACUCUGUUGAACACCUCUCUUAUGAGAUGAUGGCAAAGAUCAAAAAAAUUCGAAGGGAGUUGAUAAAGUGUGGUAUAAUACAUGUGGUGUUGCUCACUCAUGUGGAUAGCUUGGAUCUGAUUACAAAAGGUGACUUCAUAGACAUAUAUAGAUGUACACUUGUGAAGUGCAAGUUAGAGAUGGUCCACAGAGAACUUGGAUUUGCUCUUUCUGACAUCUUGGUGGUUAGUAAUUAUACCUCAGAGUGGGAACUGGAACCCGUAAAGGACCUUCUGAUUCUCUCUGCACUGAGACAGAUGCUGUGGGCUGCAGAUGACUUCUUAGAGGAUUUGCCUCCUGAGAAAACAGGUAAGAAAAGGAAGUAAAAGAAGGAAAUAAAUAUGUGACUCCUUCACAUACUAAUAAUUUUAAUCUCAUCAUAGAAGAGCAAAAACUGAGAAAUAAGAAAACAGGAAAAAUAGAAGUAGCUGAAACGGAAGGGGCAUAUUUUAUGUAUAUCUGGAAUGAAGAUGGAUAUACGAAAUUGUAAUACCUGCAAAUAACUAGGAACAAUGGGCUUUACAGCUAUUAAUGGUGAAAAAAAAUGAUUAUAGUUUCUUUUGGAUUUAUGUUCUGUAUCUGUGAAAAAUGAAGGUUUCUUCUUACAAAACCUGUUACCUUAAGUGUGUGUGUGCUUUUAGCAAAGUUUAUUUUAAUAUAACUUGUCAGCAUAUUUUGAUCUUCACCCACGUCAUCUUAAUUUUGCCUUCUUGUUUUAUUUCUAAAGCAUUUGAUCUUCUCUUUGGGUCUCCAGUCAAUGUUGUAUUCUUUAACCUAAGGCCAUGUUUUUGUUUGUUUACUAUCUAAACCCUUUUCCAGGAUGUGACAAUUAAUAUUGAUAAGAAUUCUAGAGAAUUAAAACUGACUAUAGUUUGAUUUUCUGCCAAUUACGACUAUUUUAGUUACAAGUGAAAAGACUCAACCUGAUUUAUACGAAUAAAAAAUAAACCAUAGAAAAGGCUGGGAUUGAACAGAACUGCCUCAGAUGGUUGUAUCUAUAGAUUCAAAAUCUAUCCUCUCUUUCUCUCUCUUGCAGACAUGCUCUCACACCCACACCCACCCACACCCCCACACACAGACUCUCUGGUUCCUUCUUUGUGUCUAUUGCUGUCAUUUUCUCAGGCUAGCAUUCUUGAUAAAUCUUAAGCCAUCUGAACCCAAGCUUCAAGUUGACAUUUAUUCAGUCCCAGUCCCAGGACCCAAAAAGGAAGAGGGCUUUUCUUUUCCAGUUUCAUUAUGAAAUAUUCCAAAAAAGGACUGCAAUUGAUCUAGUUUGAAUCAUAUGCUGAGCCUAUAGGAACAAUCACUUUAUCUCCAGAAGAGGGAGAAAUAUAAUCAUCCUACCUUGAGUCAUACUUGCCCAGGAAGAGUGAUUUGUUAUUAGAAGCAGGCAGUUAAUCAUGGACAUGGCCGCUGUUGUAUUAACUCAGCUGGAGACACACCUCAAUAAGUAUCUCACAGAUUCAGAAUAUUUUGUAUCUAGUUUCUCACUUAAAUUAUAAAGAAAGUCUUAUCAAUAGGUCUAAAAUUGUUAACAAUUACUUUAAAAAAGCUAUUUAUUAAUAUAUAUGCAUAAAAAGUACAGAGUUCAUGGCUCAGUACAUUUUGAUAGACUUAACACAUGAAACUAGAACUCAGGUAAGAAACAGAACAUUCUAGAAUAUCCUAGAAGUCCCUCAUCUAGCCACCUAGGAUAUCCACUACUCUGGCUGCUAAUUGCAUAGAUUGGUCUUGUCUCUUUUAUCACUUACAUAACAUCAUGCACUAUUUACUCUUGGAUCUGACUUCUUUCAUGAGAUUGUGUAUUUGUUUGAUUCCUAUUAUUGUACAUAAGUAAAGAUAAUUUAAUCUUAUCUCUCAUGUUAUUGUGAUGUUAAUGGGCAGUUCUAAUACUUUCCUUAUAGGUCAACAUGUAUGUUGUGUUAAGCAUUUUUCUGAUUUAUAACUACAUAGAAAUAAACCAUAUGACUUUGGGUCUUUCCAGUUUUGUAUGAUAAUAAAUAUUCCAUAAUGGGAACAUACUCUAUUUCAGUUUGUAAAUAUACCUUGGAAAUGAGAAGUAGCAUCAUGAAUAAGUUGAUAUUAUCCUAAAAUUUAUGGAGAAGUGUAAAGGGUUAAACAUAGUCAAGAUGUUCUUAAAGAAUGAAGUGGGAAACCAGGCAUAAAGAGACAUAUUAAGAAAUGUAAGUUGACUUUGGUGCAUUAAUAAAUUAAUGGAACAGAAUGGAGAGUCCGGAAACAGACUCAAACAUGUCUGGACAUUUGUCCUGUGAUAAGGUUAGCAUUGCAGAUGGAUGGAAAAAUAACAGACAGUUCAUAAAUGGUCUAGUCAAUUGGUUUGGGGAAAAAUAACAGUGAAUCCUUCACAUUAUACACAAAAGUCUACUUUAGGUGAACUAAGUACCUAUGUGCUAAAGGGCAUUGAGAAGAUAAAAUAGAAGGGUACUUUUAUAAUGGGGGUAACAAAAUAUUUCUUAUGUCAUAUUUAUUAAACAAGAUACAAAAAGCUUAAUCUCAAAAGAGAUUGAAAAUUCAACUACACUGAAAUCAGUAAUUUUUAUAUUCAACAAAUCCCAUUAAGAUAGUGAAAAGACACCGCAAAAUGUGGGAAAACAUAUGACUAGCAAAGAACUAAUAAAAGGAUGUACAAAGUAAUCCUACAGGUCUAGAAGAAAACUAAAACAUAACAGAAAAUGAACCAAAGACUUGAGAAGGAGCUCUAAAGAAAAAGGAAAUUCAAAUAUCCAGUACAGAAGAAAUGUGUUCUAUAUCAUUAGUAAUAAUUAAAAAAUCCAAGCUAAAAUAAUUUGAUUCUUUUUUUAUGUUUAUUGAGAUUUAGUUGACAUAUAAAAUAUGCAUAUUUAAGGUGUAAAAUUGAGUGAUUUUUGACAUAUGAAUAUACCGUAAAAUGAUCUUGACAAUCCAGGUAGCAAAUAUUUCUAUCCCUCCCUCCAAAAAUAUUACAUGGGGCCUUCAUAAUCCAUUCUCUUUAUUCCACCUCUUGUUCUGAUCCUCAGAUGAUCGCUGGUCUGUACUCUGUCACUGUAAGUUACUUUUCAUUUUUUAGAAUUUAUAUAUAUGAAAUUGUACAAAAUAUA